AUGGGUUUGGUGUUGACUUAUUGCCUGUCACGCUGGCACGAAGGCGUCCCUUCGGAUGCGCCUCAGACCAUGGACGAAGCCCUCGCUCGCAUCGACGAGCUUUACGAUUCUGGAAAGCUUUUCUUCACGAAAGAGUCUAUCCGUGCCGUCUAUGAGCAGUUUCAGGGCUCUACUGGCCACGGGGAGAAGAUCUUUGUCAAGGAUGUGGAGGGUGCAACGAUAGAGUACACUCUCAGAACAGGAGAAACUUUCCCGAUGCUGCGCUACCAAGGGCGUGGGCAUCUUAAACACAGUCUCCGGAGGUUGUACGAAGGCGCUAACCACGAGCCCGAAAGGACAAGUCCUCUCCGCAGCCUGCAAGUUUAUCAGAGGUCUGAGAAGCUCGUCUUCGGUACAAAAGAGCUAGUCCAAGACCCAACUCUUCCGAGCCGCGACAAUCUCAACUCGUACUUCAAAGAACAAAUCCUGGCUUGGCAGGAAAGCGAAAUGUGCAAGAGAGUUGUACAGAUCCUGGACUCGUCGGUUGCAGGGCACAGCAUCGAGAAAAUUGUCGCUGUAGCUCUAGGAGGCAUUUCAAGGGACGAUCGUCAUUCCUCUGCGUUCCAGCAUGCACUUGUCCUGACUCUACGCGAAUGGCUGCAUGCUCGACAGAAGUCAGUCAGCUGCUACGCCCAAGAUCCAGCGUACAAAGCCGUGGAUAAGGUUGUCCUUGAGGAGCACGGUAUCGAGAUCAUCGACGAUCCACGUGCAUGGCUUGAGGUAGACGAGCAAUCUAUCCUGUUUUCGUGUGCGCCGAAUGUACCCGUCAAGGAGAUCGUGGCGGACACCACGCGACCAGCGGCUGUAAUAUGGGAGCGUCUUGACGACAACGAUUGGGAUGUUGAAGGAGAAGGAAAGUUUACCGAUCCGUACACACCUCGCGUGAGAGCGAUGCUCGAGGGGUAUGAAAUGUUCGAAUUUGGGGCGGAUGACCACUUUUGUUCGACGGUCAUCUAUGUUCGGCGUUGCAGGGAUUAA